AUGUCCGACGUCGCCGACGAAAAGAUGGCCGCAGAAAAGACCUUGGGCACUACUGGCACCGAAACUCCUCCCAACUAUGCCACUGAACACUCCCUCGACCACACUCGCAAGGCCGAAGGCAAGCCAUGGAUGUACAAGAGGCUCAAGCUAGGCCCUGUUGCACUGCCCGCGUAUGCCAGUCCCAAGUUUCAGAUCGUUUUUGUCGCCAUCGUCUGCUUCUUGUGCCCUGGCAUGUUCAACGCAGUCAACGGUCUCGGGGCUGCAGGUCAGGUCAAUGCUCACGACAUCAAUAACGCCAGCACGGCCAUUUACUCCACUUUCUCUGUUGUCGGUUUCUUCGCUGGCAGCAUUGCCAACAGAAUUGGUCUCCGUCUGACUCUGGGCCUCGGUGGCUUUGGAUACGCUCUCUACAUCGCCUCCAUCCUCUCCUACAACCACAACCAAAAUGCCGCUUUCCUCAUCUUUGCUGGUGCCCUCCUUGGUGUUUGCGCUGGUCUCUUGUGGACGGCUCAGGGCGCCAUCAUGAUGUCCUACCCACCAGAGAAGUCAAAGGGUCGAUACAUUGCCACUUUCUGGGGCAUCUUCAACCUCGGCGCCGUUAUUGGCGGCUUGAUUCCUCUGGCCCAGAAUAUCCAUUCCAAGGCCAACAAGGUCAAUGAUGGCACAUAUAUCGGCUUCAUUGUCCUCAUGGCCCUCGGCUUUGCAAUUACUCCCUUGCUUUGCAAUCCUCGUUUCGUCACUCGUGACGACGGUUCCAGAAUCAUCAUGAUGAAGAACCCUACCUGGAAGUCCGAAAUAACCGGCAUGAUGUCCGUUUUCAUUUCCGACUGGUACAUUGUCCUUCUGUUCCCCAUGUUCUUCGCCAGCAACUGGUUCUACACCUACCACUUCCAGUGUGUCAACCUCCCCAAGUUCAACAUCCGAACCCGGUCCCUCAACAGCGUCUUGUACUAUCUUUCCCAGAUCAUCGGAGCAUGGAUUUUUGGCCUUGCCCUAGACUCGGAAAGAUUCUCUCGCAGCACAAAAGCCAGGGCUGCCGUGGUCACCCUCUUCGUUUCCACUUUUGUCAUCUGGGGAGGUGGCUACGAUUUCCAGAAACAAUACACCCGAACAGAGACCGAUGCCGAUGACUAUGUCAAAAUCGACUGGACUGAUUCUGGUUACAUUGGACCCAUGUUCUUGUUCAUGUUCUACGGUGCCUACGACUCAGUAUGGCAGACAACCUCUUACUGGCUUAUGGGUUCUCUCACCAACAACAGCCGCAAAUUGGCAAACUUCACAGGUUUCUACAAAGGCAUCCAAUCUGCCGGAGGUGCUCUUUCUCCCGUCCUCGAUACCCAAAAGGUCUCCUACAUGAACCAAUUUGCUGCCAACUGGGGUCUUCUGGCUGGCUCUUUGAUUGUCGCCGCACCCGUCAUCUGGACAAAGGUCCAAGACACCACCGACAUCGAAGAGGAUCUCAAAUUCUCCGAUGAGACAAUGGCCGACGUCGCCCCUAUUUCUCCCAUCGUUGGUGCAGAAGGCCAGAUGGCUGAGAAGAAUGCCGUUGUCCAUUGA